ACAAGAAUAAUGAUCGAUGGUUUAUUUUAUCUGCAUUCUGCUUUAAGAUUUGAGGUUACAAAUAAACAAAAUAUUUGAAUUUUAUAUAAACUUUAUAGUUAUUCUAAAUUAUAAACUUAAUUUUGAACAAUAAUAUUGAACUUCUGUUGUCGCUUAGAAGCAAAAUGACGGACUAUGAAGAACCGGCGGCAAAAAUAUCGAAGUUAGAGAUACCCUCAAAAGAUCAGGAUGAGGAGAUGGACGAGGGUCAGGAGGAGUGGCUGAGUGAGGGAAUACUCACAGAUGAUGACUAUAAUCCUGCGACUGACCAAGAUAAGAGUGAUCUAAACAUGAGUGUCGCCCAGGAAGACACCACUCAGAGCUUGCCCGACGAAGACACACAUGUCAGCUCACUCCAGGACAACACAAAUACUGAAGACAACACACACAUCGAAGACAACACGCACAUCGAAGACAACACACACAUCGAAGACAAUACACACAUUCGAGAAGAAUCUGUUACACCAGAUAACUUGGAUUAUCAGGACAACUUUCAGUCUCAGGAUAACUUGAUGACAGAUACAAUACAGGCUCAAGACAACUCUAAUAUUGAGGAUAUUUCAAUGACUCUUGACUCACAAUCUCAAGAUAACUCUGUUCUGGAUGUCACACAAUCUCAGGAUGACUCACUUGUUGAUAAUGUCUCACACAUGCAAGAUAACUCACAAGAGCAAGAGUCAGUUGUGCAAGAUGAGUCACAUAUGCAAGAAAAAUUACAUGACAAGGAUAUCUCACAUGUGCAAGAGGAUAAGCCAGUUAUACCUAUACAAACUUUGGACGAGAAUAUUGAGCAAACAUUGGAUAAUUUUGAGAAUUUUCAACAGUCAGAAAUCCAUGAUGAGCUCGGUGCUUUUCUGGUGAAGAAACCUGACACCAAACCACUUGACGACAAGGAAGUUGUCAGUGACAUUGAAGAGUCUCGGAGACAUUCUGAUGAUGACGGGAAUGACACUGACGAACUGCUGCGAAUGUUAGGUGAAGACGGCCAGAAGAAUAAGAAGGAAGUCAAGAAAGUAGAACAGAAGAGAACAGAAGAGUCUCAGUCCAGUGAUGAUGAUGAAUAUAUAUUUGGAAGCACCAAAGUGUCGCGAGUGAAGGUGAGCGAGAAUGUUACCAUUGUGAAGAAGCUGCCGACCAAGGCUGUGCCUGAAGAGAGUGAUAGCGAUGAGACAUCGGACGAAGUAGAAACGAUAAAGAAAAUCUUCACGCACAGAAAGACGGGCAACUAUGCUUCCAAGAGCACCGCCCGGCCUUCCUCGCGACACGCCUUGCCUAGACACAUCACGCUACGUAGACCCACCCCAGAAAAAAAACUAGUGACGUCAUCGCCGCUGUCAAAACCACAACCAAAACCGAAAGUGCAACCGGAACCGAAACCAGAACCGACUAUCACCAAACCGCGGGAACUCCCCGACCAGAGGACGCUGUCGAAGACUGUCCCUCAGGUUCAGAAGAUGAGGGUCAUCCGCAAGGAAACCGUGAAGGUCAAGGAGACUCCCAAGCCCACGGUGGAACCUGACGAGAUCAUCGAUGAAGACGAGUUCUUGGACAGAGAGGAUGACUUUGAUUUGGACGAGGAGUUCCACUCGGAGCCGGAGACGUACAGGCAGCGCAUCAUGAGGCCGGAACAGAUGGACGAGGAGGUGCCCACGGACGGGGACUCGCACUCCGAGGACGACGACAGCAUGUACGAUGAGUUCCCGUCAUCAGAGUCGGACCAGGACGACUGGUUCACACUUGACGUGCGCGGCGAGCGCGCCGGUGACUACAUACCACUUUUGGGCUCGAAGGCCCACCAGCUGCUGUCGGCGGAGAAGCAACGCGUGACGUCACGGGUGCACUCGCUGCGCCAGAACCUGAGCGCCAUGCAGGACAGCAGCAAGCGGCAGGCCGACCUGCUGCGGCGCGCCACGCACCAGCUCGCCGACCUCGACGCCGCGCUCAAGGCGUGAGCGCGUGACUGACACCACUCGACGCAUGAGUGACACCACUCGACGCACUAGUGACACCACUCGACGCACUAGUGACACCACUUGACAUGAGUGAUGCUACUCGACAUGAGGGACACUACUCGACAUGAGUGACACUACUUAACACAUGAGUGAUGCUACUUAACAUAAGAGUGAUGCUACUAAACACAUGAGGGACACCACUUGAGUUGGGUUAUACUACUUAACACAUGAGUGAUGCUACUCGACAUGAGGGACACUACUCGACAUGAGUGACACUACUUAACACAUGAGUGAUGCUACUUAACAUAAGAGUGAUGCUACUAAACACAUGAGGGACACCACUUGAGUUGGGUUAUACUACUUAACACAUGAGUGAUGCUACUCGACAUGAGGGACACUACUCGACAUGAGUGACACUACUUAACACAUGAGUGAUGCUACUUAAUGCCGGGAAGCUCCGUAAAAGGCGCUAACGUGAAUGUGGACGGUUUUCGCGGUAUUCACGGACGUUCACGCCGGUCCCCGAUCAGAGUCGGUAUUUUGUCCCGCGACAAAGGGUUCGCGCCUCUUUCGCGCGGUGUUCACACAUUCACGGUCCUCCGCCAGUUUACUUUCUGUAAAUUCUAUAUAAUUCUGAUAGCUGCUUGUCUACGGUAAGUCUGAGAUUAAUUUUAUUUAAUUAAUAAAGACAGUUCUAAUCAUAGAGUGCAAGUAAAAAAUAAUUUUCAAACUUGGUUAAUAAAUGAAUGUCUGCAAAUAUACUCGAGUGGGGUCUCAAAUGAAAGCGCACCGAAAGAGAAUAUUGAUGACUUGUUCGAGAGUGUAAUUGACAAUUUCAUGACUUUCGGAGGGUUUUUCAAAAUUUUCAAUUUUAUGUAUUGUGUUUUGCAUUUUGUAUCAUUUAAGUAAUAAUGAUACAAAUUGCAAAAUUUGCUCAUUAAUACAGUUGUGUAUUGCGUCCCCAGGGAAAGCAAUGCAUUUUCAUCUAUCUCGACACAAGUGAUGCUACUUAAAACACAUGAGUGAUGCUACUCAACACAUGAGUGACACUGCUCGACACAUGAGUGACACCACUUGACAUGAAUAAUUCAUGACUUAACACGUGAGUAACACGACCAUAUUAUGUAAAUCAAAUCAAAUUCGUUUAUAUUUAAAUAGUUAACAAAUGGGCUUAAUUUAUAAGGACUUUUGAAACAUUUAGUUUGCAUUUUAAAGUCAUAUUAGUAACUUUGAGAUGAGUUCACGAAGCAGAUUGUACAGCUUCCAAGAAAUUCGCAGUUACUUUUUAAACACAUUCCUAUAUAGUCCAGGAUCCAGGGAGUAUUUUUACAAUUGAUAACUAUCAAGUUAGUUUUCCGUGAGUAACUUAUCUUAAUAACCUCGUUAUUCAUACAAGUUGGGAGGAGGGUAGUUUAUCAAAGUUGUUACUAACCAGUUGUUUUUUUUACUGUCGCUUAGUUAACAGUUAUACAACUUAACAGCCACAAUGUCCUUCAAAUUGCGUGGUAAAUUAUCUCGUUCCGACGCUAAGAAAUUUUCAUUACCUGGUAACCCAGUUAGUUACCACAAUCGAGACUUUUUUUUUAAGAGAAUCAAUUUUUUUUACCAGAAUCGAGAAUUUUUUGUCUCAUCAAGAUAAAGCUACUCACUUAAAUUAACUUGAUACUAAUCAAUUGUAAAACUGCUUCACGGAUCCUGGGCUAAUAUUAUUGAUAUUGAGUGAUACAUUCAUAUAUUGAUAUUGAGUGAUACAUUCAUAUAUUGAUAUUGAGUGAUACAUUCAUAUAUUGAUAUUGAGUGAUACAUUCAUAUAUUGAUAUUGAGUGAUACAUUCAUAUAUUGAUAUCGAGUGAUACAUUCAUAUAUUGAUAUUGAGUGAUAUAUUCAUAUAUUGAUAUUGAGUGAUACAUUCAUAUAUUGAUAUUGAGUGAUACAUUCAUAUAUUGAUAUUGAGUGAUACAUUCAUAUAUUGAUAUUGAGUGAUACAUUCAUAUAUUGAUAUUGAGUGAUACAUUCAUAUAUUGAUAUCGAGUGAUACAUUCAUAUAUUGAUAUUGAGUGAUACAUUCAUAUAUUGAUAUUGAGUGAUACAUUCAUAUAUUGAUAUUGAGUGAUACACUCAUAUAUUAAUUUUGAGUGAUACAUCCAUUUAUUGAUAUUGAGUGAUUGAAUGAGUAACGCGCCUUGACACUAGACUGACACAGCUAACAUGACUGCCACUACUUAGCACAUUAGUGUUAGAAUCGACAUUCAAUUAAGUUGAGUGAUACGACUCAUCACAUGAGUGUAUAAUGUAAUGUUUUUUAUUUUGUUAUGUAGCGGUACACACAGAUUAAUCAAUAAUAGGUAGAUAGAGCGCACGGAAAACGACAGUGUCGUAGCCGCUCCAAAUACAAAAUUGAAAAACUAAUACAUUAUCGAUUAAGAACGCCAUGAAGCGUCGCAUUAGUAUUUUUCAAUAUUAUUCAAGAAAAAUGGCGUCUUAUGUUUUUAAAUAUUUUAAAAACUGUUCACAAAAACUAAAUAAAUAAGAUGGAGUAUUUUUUUAUUGGCAAUUAUUUAUUAAUAUAUUAAUUUACGUAAACUUCGUUUUUUUAGAAUUGCAAAAUUUUGUAAACAAAUAUGGCCGUAUUCAUCACUGACAUUAGUUGUGACGUCAUCCUAGGGAUGGGCCGUUGAUGAACUAUAUCGAGAAUUAACUACUAAUCGAAUUAUAUCAAUUGUAAAAAAAUCACUUUACUUAAAAACUCACUUCUCAGUUGGCAACACUAAUCACACAGUCAAAAUACGCGCGAUAUUAACUAUCUACCUCUUUCUGUUGCAUAUUAAUUAAUACCUAUCAAAUAACAUUUUUUUCACUUGUAUCUGUUUAUUUUAAAUUAAAAGAGUACUAAAAAAUUUAGGCAGUACUUGUUAACGCAUUAUCUUUUGUUAAUAUAUAAGUACGUAACUAACUAAACAGCGCUAUGAAAAAAUUACUUUAUUCAAAUUACUCAAUUACGAUAUCGAUACUGAACGGAAUACAUUCGAUAUUUACAAUCGGUAAAUCGUUCAUUUUUAAUCUGUGGUGACAAUUUUACUUGGCACAACCUUAGAGAGACGAAACGUCAAAUUAACAUUUAAAUGUAAUCUGUGUGCAUAAUUUCGUGUUUAAUUUCGUUUAUUUCUAAAAAUUUUGAUUAAACCCUGUGUAUGUAUUGUAUUAAAAAAAUGUUACGUUUGUAUGAUUCUCCAUAGGUGGAUUGUAAAGAACAAAGUGUUUGUGCGUGUUUUAAUAGUUUGAUGGUUCUGAAAACUGUUAUGAAAGUUUGGCAUCGACAAAAGGGUUUGUUUAUUUACCAAAUAGCGCAAUUCAAUCUGGACAUACUAUAGUUGUUGUUAGUUUUAAAUUUUGAAAUACAAAUUAUGAAAAAAGUUUGCAUACUCCGAUGUCCACGGCGUGACGGUUUUUUAUAAGUUUCACCUGCUUCACCACGUUGCUUGCUGCUUGUAAACACUCAUUCUGUGUCAUCUUUAUUCUGUGGCGGUACAUAACAA